AUGGGACAGUUUCGAGUGAGUCGGGGGCCAGAGGGGGAUUUGCUUGGGCGUCUGUAUUGGUUGGAGUUGGCUUCUUUGGAGGGUUUAGUAAUUUUAUAUUGUAUAGUUGGAUUUAAAAAAAUAUCUGCAAGAGAAAAUAGAAUACUUUUACGUUGUUUUUAUGCCAUUUAAUGAUGAAAAAAGUUAAAAAAAAAUUUGGAAAUGAUGGAAAUUUAUUGAAAUAUUAAAAUUUUUUGAAUUUAUGAAAAUUUUUCAAUUUUUUAAAAACCAUUUUUUUUUUGUUUUUUAAUAUUUUUAUGAUUAAAUUUUGUAAAUUUUGAGAUUUAUGCAAAUUUUUUUAUAUACAAGUUUUUCAAAUUUUCCAAUUUCAAAAUUUUUGGCAUUAUUUUUAAAGCCAAAUUUCAUUAAAAACCAGAUUAAUUUUGGUCACAAUCUUUUACAACAUUAUUUUUUUCCAAUUUAGUCAUUAUGUAAUUGAGACUAAAUCCCUAACUAGGGAAGUGUACAAACGAACCCUCACCAAAUGGCAAGUGUUAUACACCAUUGGAAAGCCUUUGAAAAAUGAUGAAAGGUACCAUUUUCAUUUUUUGCAGAAUGCCUCAGGGCAAAAAAUUAUAAACGGUUGAUUUGUCCCUUAAGUAGUUACAAUAUCGGCUGUGGGGCAAAAUAAAUCUUAUUUCAAAACGCUAAAUGGUAAAUAUUGCUACUAGGUUGGCCUAAGAAUCAUUAUGAAGUUUGGCGAUUGCCAGUAAAACCAUUUUACAUAUGACAUUUACUGGUUUUAAACACCCAUAACGUGAAAAAACACUUUUCACUUUUUUUAAUUUUGAAAAACAUGUAAGUUUGAUGGUUUUAACCGUAAUCGACCGUUUUCUAGAAAAAUUAAAGCGUUUGUAAAAGUUUAACUCAAAUAUUAUCCUAACUGUAAGAACGCAAAACGUUUUUACCCAAGCUGGGAAUCGAACCUAGCUUGGUUUGGCUGCUCAUCAACCACUACACUAUCGAAGCAACUCUCUUCCAGAAUUUUUAUCCGCUCAAGAGAAAGAAAGGUUUUUAUUGCGAAAUGACCUAAAAAUAAUGAAAUUUACAGUAUGUCGUCGCGGAAAGGCAUUCUGCAAAAAAUGAAAAUGGUAUCUUGCACCAUUUUUCAAGGGCUUUCCAAUGGUGUAUAUCACUUGCCAUUUGGUGAGGGUUCGUUUGUACACUUCCCUAGUAAAACAAUGUAUCCACUUUUGGGCUUGAUAAUUGUCGAUUAGGAUAAUGGGAAAACAACAAAGAAUUAGAGGCAAUUAUCGACUGUUAUUGAACCCAACAGACCAUUUGAAAUUUUAAUCCUUCAAAAAAAAUUUUUUUAGAAGGGAGAAGUCGUAUUUUACAACAAGAGUUUUUUCUCAAUCUAAAAUUUUAUGAAGCUUUUUUCUGUGAGAACCCUUUGAAGGCCAUUUCAACUUAUUUUUACACCCAAUUCCGCACUUAGAAGACGAGAGAAACACUUGACUCAAAAUGGGUCAAGUCUUUCACUCGUCAGUUUUAGCCUCAAAAUCAAUAAAAAAUAUUUUGUUUGUGGGCCGAAAAGAUUCCCGGCGUCCUAUCACACUCAAUUAUCCUAUUUUUUGCAGAAAAAAUCAAUGGACAAAACCCUGCUCAAACACAAUGGAAAUCUGCCCAAGAUCACGAUGACCAGCGACGACGCACCAACAGUUCAACCAAUCUUCGACAAUCGAAAACAAUCCACCGGCACGUUGAAUCGCCUGAUUUUGGUGGCGCAAGCCCUCGAGCACGAGGUGGAUUCCAGGCGGAGAAGUGACGUCAAUGGGUCGAGGAUAAUCCUCACGAUCCGGAUGGCCAACAUGGUCUUGUUGGUAAGAUUAUUUGCUGGAAAUAGAGCUGAAAACCUAGAGUUUCUGAUGAGCUAUUUUGGGGGUUGAUACGUUUUUUUUUUGAGUCGAAUAAUCCAUUUCAUAAAAAAAGGGAUUUUUUCGAUUUUUUUUGUUUUUGCGUAUAAAAUGUCGCUUCAAGAUUAAAAAAAGAUAUGUCCAUUAAAAUCUGAGGUAAUUUUUGAUUUUUCAGACUGGCCGAUUCCGGUUUUCGGGUAAGAAAUAUGGGUUAAACAGGAUUUUUUUAAUUUUUCUCGAUUUUUUUGAUAUUUUUUGCGUAUAAAAUGUCACCUGAAAACUUAGAAAAGUUUUUAUUGUAUUUUUUCUCCUGAUUAGCGUGUUGUUUCCAUACUUUUAACAGGAUUUUUUGAAAGUUUUAAAAAAUUUUAUUUUUUCGUAUAAAAUGUCUCCUUGGCAAAAAAUAGCAAAAAUUCCGAUUGUUCAACCCAUUUUCUCAGAUUUUUUCCAAAGAAAGAAAGAUCAAAGACUAUUUCAGAAAAAAAAUUUUUCGUCUUUCGUAUAAAAUGUCCCCACUUCAGAUGCUCGUAAACGCUCUCAUUUUCACUGGCGUUGGUCAAUAUCAAGGUCGCAAUGGAAUGAGGCAAUCACUCAUGCUGACGGCAAAUAAAUGGACGUACAAAAAGGAGCAUCGUCUUCCAUUCACGUUCAGCGAAAUGAAAUUGACCGGCCAAUACGUCUCCGGCGCAUUGUCGGCUGUAAUGUUGUGUCUAACGUUGGUGUUGCAACUAGUACAUUGUUUCAAAUGCAAACACUCAAAAAUUAUGGUAAGACAUAUUGUUGAGAGAUCUUUUUUAUUUUUUUGGGACCGCACAGUGCAAAAAAAAAGUUUUGAAAUUUGCACUGUGCAGAGAAAAAAAAUUUUUUGCACUGUGCAAAAAUUCUCUUUUCGCGACAAAAAAAUGGCUGCGCUGUGCAAUGGAGCCAGGUUUUGUCUUUCGAUUGCACUGUGCGCCUUUCUGUCGCAACGAAACGAGGAAAAAUCCGCACAGUGCAAAAAAAAUUCUUUUUUUCUUUUUUGCACAGUGCAUUUUUUCUUGCGAUGAGAAGCGAUCAAAAUGUGCGAAAUGUCUCUUUGUGAUGCGCGAUUUUUGAAAAAAAAACAAGAAAAAAAAUCUGCACAGUGCAAAAGAAUUUCUGAAUUUUCGAAGAUUGCACCGUGCAAGAAAGAAGUUUUUUUGUUUUGCACAGUGCAUUUUGUCUUGAAGUAAAAAUGAUUGCACAGUGCAAAAAAAUAAGAAAGAAAAUUUUCAUUGCACUGUGCAGUAAAAAAUAUAUGUUUUAUUUUGUCUGCACAGUGCGCAAAAAUAAAAAAAAAACGAAAAAGAUUGUAAAAUACGAAAAUCAUAAAAAUAAAUUUUUUGAAAAAACAAGAAAAAAAUCUGCACAGUGCAAAAGAAUUUUUGAAUUUUCGAAGAGUGCACCGUGCAAGGAGGAAGUUUUUUUCGUUUUGCAUAGUGCAUUUUGUCUUUUUUAAAAAAUGAUUGCACAGUGCAAAAAAAUAAGAAAAAAAAAUAAACAAAUGUUUUCAUUGCACUGUGCAAUGACACAAAAAUUAUGUUUUGUUUUGUCUGCAAAAUAAACAAAAAACAAAAAUUUUUUUUUGUAAAAUACGAAAUAUACAUUUAUAUAAUUUUUUUAUAUUAUAUUUUGUUAUUUAUUUUUUUUAAAAAAAAAAUUUUUCAGUGUAUUUGCUACUCAUUCGGAUGUGUUCCAUUUUCCCUGCUCGUUUUCGGUCUGGAAAUGCAUUACAGUGCGUGUCCGUGGCUCGACGACUUUUAUCGAAGUGAAAUUCUGCGAAGGGAUUUUAAUGCGGUGGAAAAGUAUUUCGAUACGCAAUGCGGGAUCAAUGGAUGGGCAUUGGCUGGGGUGAGUUUUUCAAAAUAAAAAAAAAAAAAUUAUUUUUUUAUUUCUUAAGAUACAAAAGAAAAAGUGUACGGCGUAUUCUAAAAUUAUUACAAUAAUAAAUAUUUUGAGCAAAAAAAAUUAUUUAUUCAUUUUUUUUUUUUUUUGAUUUUCCUCACAUUUUUUUUAUUCUUUAAGGCAAGCCUUAUAAACUGCGCCGUAUUUUAAAAUUUUAAUUUUUGUCGAUAAUAUUAAUUAAAAAUAUUAGGUUGUCCAACAAAUAAUGACCCUCUGUGAGAGGGGCAAAGUUUAAAGCCUCUAAAAAAGGCAAGCGAUGAUGGAAUUUCGAAAUAUUAUAACAUUUUGUAGCUGAGAUUUCAGGCUUUCGUUUGAUGUAUUGUUUGUCAUAUUGGGGCCAAAUUACAGUAAUUUAGCCCGAAUCGAAAAUUAUCAAAAAAAAGUCGGUUCGCGCUGUCAUCUUUUACGGGCAAAAACAGGACGCGAAAGUUUCAGAAGCUACGCAAAGUAUCAACGCUGUGUUCGACUAGUGUGUUCUGAGUCUGAACACGGUGAAACGAUGGAUUUAAAAAUUACGAUUUGACGGCAACUGACCCAAAGAUAAAGUACGGAAUCCAAACCUUAUCAAUUUGCCCUGAGGUCGUCGGUUGACGAACAUCCUAGAAUCAACAUCCAACGCGUGUCUGACAUCGUCUGGCUGUUAAAAUAAUCGGCGGCUAACCAUUCGAUGUCGAUGGAAUUCAAAGAAUGCUCGAUAACUUUUUCCCAUGUUAUUGGAUCAAAGCAAAGAGUGGAAGCAUUACAUUUCUCGCGUUUGCGUGCCGUUUUCUGGGUCGAAUCGUUGCCUCUGAUGAAAAGAGGACCUACUGGGACAACCAGACCGGAUAUGCUGAACGGAGUCCUCCGAGAGUAUCACUGCGGCACUUGUCAACGCCCGACUCCCCCCAAAACAAGGUGAUGACUAGUUCUUGAUGGUGCAGCAUGGGAAUAGUACAAUACAGCUUCUUGAAAGCUGGCCAAAAUGUAGAUACCAUCCCCUACGGUAUCCAGAUAGACAGUUUGUGGCAGCAUCUGUCUUCAACGAUGCGCCGCAGAAGUCCAAAAAUUCUUAGCGGCUACACGGAACGUCCCCUUUGAAAGAUGACCCUCCAGAAGCCGAUUUAAUAGAGAUACGAGACUGUCCCUCGUCCAGCCUAUUUGUCAAAGCUGGCCUAUACACAUUACCAUCAGUUCAAGAAUCUAGCACGUUUCACCAGUGGUAGGGAAUUCGACAAUCAAGACGCCCUUGAAAAGGCCUUCAAAAGUUUCAUCGGCUCCAGAAGCCGGGGUUCCUAAGCAACAGACAUAAAAAACUUUUUGGCACGUUCUAACAAGCGUGAUAAAGCGCAUGAUAAUUAUUUUGAUUAAAUAGAUCGCAGUGAUUACGGUAAAUUUUGCCGAAAAAAUAAAUUUUUCGAAGAGGGUCAUUAUUUGUUGGACAACCUAAUAAUAUUUCGGCGACAAAAAAACAACAAAUAUUUUCUUUUUGCUAUUUUCCCACAUUUUUUGAAUCUUUAAACGCAAAAAAUAAUUUGAAAUUAAUGUAAAAUUAAUCAAAAAUAUUUUUUUCAGAUUUUCUCCCUUUUAUCCUGCGGUCUUUUCGUCAGUGAAGGUCUGAUCACGGCGUUCUUCCGUUCCGGCGAGCCUCAUGACGAAAGCAACGAGAAAAGCGAGACAAUUCUCUAG